CGUCGGCCUGGAGCAUACGAACGUUGACUGUCAAAGACGAGAUACUUACGAGGAAAAAUUUUGAGGAGGAGACAGCAUCAUCAUGUGGAGAUUCGAGGCGAGAACUGUCGAGCUGCUGGUCGUUGGCUGCAUUGUUUUAGCGACUGCAUCCGGCGAAGAAUCGCCUUUGACGAGCAACAGCGCGCUAGUGCCCUGCAAUGGGAGCAAAGUGGAAAAGUCAAGCGGCAAUUUGUCAUACGACUGGGCUUACGGCGCGUCACCUCUAGCCGAACGACCCGAGCUCAAAGACAGGGUAUCGGUUACGGCAAAUGGAGCGCUAUUAAUCAAUCGCUUCUCCGGCAAAGAUCACGGGAAAUACACAUGCCGCGUCAGAGGCGGAAAUUCCGUUGUCGAGGAGGUCACCGUCGACGUCGACGAUAAAUAUCUGCUGUUGGCGGAAGUCUGUCAUCCAUCGGGUUGCAUCAGUGCAGAAAAGUGUGAUUCCCCGAGUGAGACGCGUACCAGCUGUCUCCUCGACGGGGAAGUCUGCUGUUCAGUAGUGAGGGAAGACGCAAAGCAUCGAUGCGGCCACUUUUUGGGCGAAUGCAUGAAGAGCUGCACCCAGGAAAUCCAAGUUUUGCAAGCUGACGACUGCGAGGAAGGCACGACUUGUUGCGUUCUGGUUUAUUAAAGACGCCGCGUCGAAUAGAUCGAGGCUUCGGAGAAUUUAUCUCUCGCCUUUUACUGCGGUAAUUCGUAUGAUGUUAUCGUUAAAGCAACAUAAACUUUUUAUGCUUUGAUAAAACGUGUAAAUACUUUAUCCGAACUGUACAAGCGAUGACGAAGACAGUGUAAAUUAAGCGAGCACAUACUUAAGAGUAUUAUUGUAUCCUUGAAUAAAACGUUUGUACAAAUCA